CCCUGUCCUGCCUCCCCCUGUGCCGCCCUUCUUCGAGCGCCAGGAAGGGGCACGUGCGUGCAGAGACGCGCGUCUGUCUGUGUCCAGAUGGCCCAGCGGGCGAGGUCGGCGGGAGGCGUCCUCCCGGGAAGGACCCAACGCUCAUCAUCUUCAGGCAGCGAUGAUGAAUUUGAAAAGUUUUUAUCAAGAAUGAAGACCCCCAAGUCUGCCUCAUGCUGCACUCCAAGGGCAAAAAAGAACAGCUUGGCUGAGUCCAAGGAGAACUUGUUCUGGCAUCUCACCAGUAAAGGAGUGCUUAGUGACAGUGAUGAUGAUUGUGUCUUUGGCAAGCAUCCCCCGAGGUCUCCGUGCCAGUCCAUCCAAGCUGGCCACCAGAAGUGGAACCGGAGGGGCACGCUCGCUGCCUCUUCUCAGGAGAAGCCUAUCACACCCAAGGACGGGCCAAAGUCUUCCUGGAGUGUGGGGGGGAAAGGUUCCACAAAGGAGCGUGCUCAAGGCAAAGCCCAGCAGCCAAGACCAAGUGCCUGCGAGAGCUCCGAUGAUGAGAUCGAGAGUCUUAUUGUUCAUGUGAAGCAAAGAAUGGUCCUUCCUGCCACCACGAGUGCUGAAGGCCGGACUGGCAGCUAUGAAGAGAGAGGCUUCGGGUCCUCCUGCGAAAGAACCCCGGCCGCUGCUGCAAAGACUGAGAAUGUCUCCCCGGGACGGUUCAGCUCUCCUCCUGUGCUGAGGCCCGUGGGCCAGGGGCCAGCCGAUGUCCUUCAGGCACCGCGGAUGCCAGUGAGGAGCCCCUGCCCAGUCCAGGGAUGCUUCUUGCAAGAGCUUUCAGACCCCACCUCCCGGCAAGCCAGAGAGUUCCGGACCAAGAAGGAAGAGAUGGCACAGAGUCUCUAUGCUUUUUAUAACAGGACCAUCUUUGAGCAACAGUUGCCAGGAAGAAUGGAAAUCAGCUGGAGUAAGAAGAUGCGGAAAACAGCAGGGUGCUGCAUAACUGGGCAGCUGAAGGAUCCCAACUUGGGGCAGCGUUACGCCCGGAUAAUGCUGUCGGAGAAAGUUUGUGACUCUGCAGAUCGGAUUCGAGACACUCUGAUCCACGAACUGUGCCACGCAGCCGCAUGGCUAAUCCACGGCGUCCAAGACGGGCAUGGCCGGUUUUGGAGCUUGUAUGCCAAGAAGUCUGCCUUGAUCCACCCGGAGCUGCCUGUCGUGUCUCGGUGCCACAACUAUGAGAUUAAAUACAAGUUCACCUAUGAGUGUUCUCAGUGUCAAAACAGGAUUGGCCGUCACUCCAAGUCCCUGGACACGCAGCGCUUUGUCUGUGCCCUCUGCAAGGGGCAGCUUGUGCUGCAGCAGCCCAUGCGGAAGGAUGGCACACCAGCCAAACCGUCGCUGACUCCCUUUGCGAAGUAUGUGAAGGAGAACUAUGCCUCCGCCAAGCAGUCGCAGCAGGGGCUGAGCCACGGAGCCAUCAUGAGGAAGCUCAGCGCUGACUUUGCCUCCCGGCCGUGACGGACCCGCCUGUCCUAGAUCCGUGCGGCACACGUCUGGUCUGGGGGGGGGGUGUCAUGGGGAGGCAGAGCCCCGGGGAA